UAACGUUUUGAACAUUUAAAUCUUCAUCCAGGAAAACGAAAAGCUUAUCGAUCGACUCUGUUUGAUCCGAGAAGCUCUGCAGAGGAGGAAGAAAUGUUCGAGGCUUACAAGCACCGCGUCUCUGUGCUGUGCCGGGGCAUCGAUUUGCGUAGCACCAAGGCGUCAAGCAGGCCAGAGCGUUGAUCCAAUCCAAGAGCUUCUUCUCUGGACGAAUUCGUCUGAGUCUGCUCCUGAGAAGCUUAAUCUCAGCACUGGAGACCAAUCCCCGGACGCAAACAUGAGAAUUCCAGCUGCUGCUCUAGCGUCUUUUCCCAGAGCCAACAUUCGCGUGGCCGAGGACGGAAGAACAGCUCCAAACCAUAGCACAGAGGAGCCCUAAAUUCAAAUGUGAGGGAAUUGGCAAGUUUGGAUGGAUGAUCCAUUCCUCCUCUCUUCCUUCUCGCGCAAACGAGCAGCAAGUAGAAGAUUUUGCUCGCAGGAUUGCCAAUGUCAAGACCCUCGAUCGCGGCGCGCUGCUCCACGCCUCGAUCCAGAGCUGCGCGCAAUGCCGCGACGAUCGCUACCUCGCCAAUCUCCUCGUCCAGAUGUACGCACGCUGCGGCAGCCUCGAGCGUGCCCUCUCCGUCUUCGCCGGGAUCAAAGAUCCCAAUUCCUUCUCCUGGAAUAUCCUCCUCCAGGCAUAUGCCCACAGGGGGCAUCUGGACGACGCUCGCUGGGUCUUUGACAGGAUGCCGUCCAAGGACGUGGUAGCGUGGACGGCUAUGAUGAAUGCCUACGCCGAGCACGGCCUUGUGGAUCUCGCACAGUGUAUGUUCGAGAGUAUGCCCGUGAGGAACGUGGUGUCGUGGAACUCCAUGAUUUGCGCAUAUGCCCAGACCGGGCAUUAUAGUGAAGCCGAGGAGCUCUUUCAAAUCAUGCCCGUUCACGAUGAGUACACGUGGACCACUAUGAUCUCUUCCUAUGCUCUCAGUGGCAACACAGGCAAGGCUAUGGCCGUGUUCCAGAGCGUAGGCGCAAGAACAUUAGCUGCUUGGAACGCUAUAAUCUCGGCAUUUGCUCAGGCUGGGGAUUUGUCUUUGGCAAAAGAGUUUUUUGACGGAAUGCCCGCUCGCAAUGUUGUCUCGUGGAACUCCAUCUUGCUUGUGUUUCUUCAGUUGGGGCUGGAAGAGGCCCUGGAAUCGGUGUUUUCGGUUGCCAUGCCGGAGCGCAACGAGAUUUCUUGGAAUGCUGUCUUGCAGGGUUAUUCCAGAAUGGGAGAUUUGGAAGGAGCAAAGGCACUGUUUGAUUCGAUGCCUUGUAGAAGCGUGAUUUCCUGGACAACUAUGCUGAAAACUUACGCGGACGCAUGUAGCCUUAACGAGGCGAAACGACUGUUUGCGAUUAUGCCAGAGCGAAGCUCAAUCACCUGGAGCGUGAUGCUUCAAGCAUUUGCACGGUUUGGGCAUGUACAAGAUGGCGAGAGUUUGUUUCAGAUCAUGCGAGAAACCACACUCGACGAUCCCAGUUGCUUGUCAGCCUGGACCAACAUGAUUGUCUUAUACGCCAAUCACUCCAAGAUCGACAAAGCUCGAGCGGUGUUUGAUUCUUUGCCGUGCCUGGACAUGGUCUCCUGGAACACCAUGCUCGCUUGCUACGCACCCGACGUCCACCACUGCAAAGAUUUCUUUGAGCAAAUGCCUGGCCACAACCUGGUGUCUUACAACACUCUCUUGUCCUCAUUGGUCAGCUGCCGAUUAUCCGAGGAAGCAGUGAAGAUCUUCGUCGAAAUGCCAGAGAUAAACGCUGUGACAUCCACUGUAAUGAUGCAAGCUUAUGCACAGGAUGGCCAACUUGCGAGUGCCAUGGACAUCUACGAAACAAUGCCAGAUCGCAACCAAGUAGCUCUCAUCACCGUGAUCUUGGCGCUCGCACAGCAUGGCUACGUUCAAUCCUCGAGAACAGCAUUUGAGCGGUUUGAAAAGCAGCAGGAGGUCACGACAUGGAGCUCGAUCAUUGCGGCCUAUGUCCAGAACGGACGCGUGAGCGAGGCACUGGAUCUCUUUCGAGAGAUGAUCAUGCUGGCUUUCAAGCCAGACGAGAUCAUCUUCACGACAAUUCUAGCAGCGGCAGCGAGCCAGCUCGAGCAGUGUUGCCGAGGUUUUUUGUCCAUGAUCGCAGACUUUGGGAUCUCUCCCAGGAUCGAGCAUUACUACUGCUUGGUUGACGCAAUGGGGCGAGCCGGUCAGCUGGAGCGAGCCAUGGAAGUGGUGGAAUUCAUGCCAUUUGUUCCACAGCCGGGCCUGUGGAUGAUUCUUCUGGGAGCAUCGAGAAUCCAUCGAAAUGCAAAGGUUGUGGAAAUGUCGGCUGGAAAAUUGCUGGGUAAGGAUUCAUCCAAUGGUGCUACUUAUAUUUUACUUGCGAGCUCUUGGAACUAAACUCUUACCAUAGGAUAAUGCCAGGUUGACAACCAACAAUCCUAGUCAUCCCGGAGAUGCGGGUAUUGUGCCAUGUAAGCUGAAAACCUAUCCCACCAGCCAAGGUGCAGUAGAGGAACACCGGUAUAAAAGAAAUGGAGUGGCAGGUAUGGUUACUCGGGUUGCUUAGUAAAUGGGGUCGCUGACCCUUGACCACUUGGCCCCCCUCGUCGGUGACCCAGUAGUGCUAAGUCGGUAUGGUCAACCCCACCGUGAUCUACCGGAUAGCGCUUGGUACCCAGGGCGCCCAAGGAGGCCCGAUAUCCUUUUAGUAAAAAUUUUCUUUGAGGAAAUCCUUUCGCGCGCAGCACUCAGGUAAAAAAGAGGAAACGAAGUUCUUUUUGCUACAGUUUUGAGGAAGCGGUUCGCGAGAACAUCAAAGCUCAACCAGAUGAUAGUGAAGAGGUUUUGUGGAUUUGUCUGUUCGAGAUGUGAUCAUGCCUGCAUUUUCUUGUAGCUUGUGUGUGAAGAAGUCGUUUGUUCUUUUUU